AGAUGAGAUAGGCCUAGUGUUUGUAUUGCAGGCUAGUGAUUUACUCUGGAUUGAAUUUAGGCCAGUGAAUGGUGCAUUAUUUUCUCGGUAAUGUUGACUAUUCGAUUGGUGGGCAAUUGUAUUAUGAUCCUAAAUAAGAAAACAAGACAUCUGACGACGGACAACUUUUACUUUGAAAAUCUUGCCUGUCCGUUAAUGGUCCUGUCCCUGACUAGCAGCCAGCAGCACAUAGUAAACUUCCGGUCCCCGUGAGAGCUGUCUUGUAGGAUCUGUCAAUAAAAUCUGGUAAGGUCGCUGAAAAAGACAAGAUCGCAUGUUUUUUGUUAAUAGGUAGUCAAGAAGCACCGCUCUCUUAGACGGGUUCUGUCGAUAAGGAUGGUAUUAUUCUACAGAUAAGCUACCACGCCCGCUAAAAAGAUAAGUUACAAUUAAAAGUUGGCUAAUGGCAAGAAAGUUGGAUGAUCUGAUCAGACGCCGUCUAGUCCAGAGCUGAACAAUGACAUACUCCGAAGGAAAACUGUCAGUUUAGCGAAAACCAAACAUAGUCAGGGAGACUCUUCGAACUGACAUGAAACCAGAGAGCUACUGCUUGAGGACUGCCAAGAGAGCCAUAGACUGAGGCUGAACCAGUAUCAGGAUGUAAGGUGUGGACUGUGAAUGCACCACUGCUAAAACUGCACUCCUUAAUAAAAGGACAUGAAUGUGGACUUCUGUUGGAAAUAAUGAAUCCACAUUCUUUUCAUAUCCAGCGGACCUCAACCCCAUCCUCUAAACUUAAACUUAGGUGUGGGAGUGAAAGUACCAGCAAUGCUUGUUCUGAUACAAAGACAGCUGAAUGUGUUCUGGUUCCAAUCAGUGUGAAACCAGAACCAGAUUUAGAUCCAUACUUUCUCUCACUUGAGUUACUCUCAAGAGAGUCAACAACCCAUCCAGAUGAUCACAAGGUGAAGGUUGACCUUUUGGAUCUCAAAUCAGAGAUAAAGUCAGAACUAUCCAGUGAUGAACUUCUAUGUUUUGAAGUUGCUGACAUGAUUGGGGACCCAUUCAAAGACUGUGUUAAACUUGUGAAUGAGCAAGUAAAUAACUGUAGUAUUCCAGAACAUUCGGAGGGAAGUCUGGUUGCACUGCAAAAAGACAAACUACAGCAUCCAACACCACAAGUAGAGGAAGAUCACAGUAGUACUGAGGUCUUGCUGCUUGCUGAGCCUGAGGGUUUGAAUCAGGAAGGCCGUGUUUGCCAUCUUCUGAGAUACAGAACCCAAGUGAACAACAGACAUGUGAAACAACAGCAUAGUGAGAAAGAAACUUGUGAAGGUACAAAACGUGAAACUUAUAAAGCAAGAAGGAAACGGGGUAACUUGAAACAGUAUAUGUGCUCGCUUUGUGGUAAAAUUCUUGCCAACUGCAAUGGUUUGCAGGUACACAUGCGGAUACACACCGGGGAGAAGCCGUAUGUCUGCCCUACUUGCGGGAAGGCGUUCGCACGUUCUGAUUGGCUGAAAGAUCACAUGAUGAUCCACACUGGACUACAAAAGCUGAUCAAACCACAUCAAUUCCAAUGCAGCCAGUGUGACAAGAGCUUUGCCAAGGCCUCUGGCCUUCAAUACCACAUGCGGCGUCACACACGGGAAAGGCCAUAUGCUUGCCAUCUAUGUGAGAAACGCUUCAUCGAUGUAAGUGAUUUGAACCAGCACGCAGUGUGCCACUCAAACAUCAGGCCUUUUGUUUGCACUGAUUGUGGAAGCAGCUUUCAACGGCGGUGCACGCUAGAAAAACACCAGCGCAUCCACACUGGGGAGAAGCCCUACAAAUGCCCAGAAUGUGGAAAAGCCUUCCCAUAUAAGUACAGCUUUACUGUGCACUUGAGGACCCACAAAAAAUUACCAACUAUACACAGGGAUGGAUUGAAUCAACAAUAACAGCAGUCAAAAAUUAGGGUUUGAUUGUAAAAAGAGGUAAUAACAGGAAUUUGUUUUAUGUACCGUAUAUUGUUUGAGUGCAUGAAAAACAGCAAAGGAAGUAUUGUUUUGGGGCAAGUGCAUGGAAAUAUACCGUUCAAGUUCCAAGACCACACUCAAGACCUAUGGCAUUGCUUUCCU